GCCGAGGGUGUGUGCCUCUAAGCUGGGUAUUCUGGCAAGGUGGAGAGCUGGUCUGUUUGGCAGGACCUUCCCAUCUGGGAUCCAUCUGUGUUUCCCUGGAAUCGGACAGGCGGCUCCAGGCAGUGAGAAAUCGCAGAUGUGUGGGACCUGACGCAUGUCCAGCUAAUGAAAGGAGAAGGCAGGCUGGGCUCCGGCUGCGCUCGAAGAUCACAAGCGGAGGAGGAGGAAGAGCGCUUUUCUUUAUAUUUCAAAGAAACUAGGUGUAUUCAACAGCAACUGGAUCCUUGCAACAUUGCUGUUUAGGUUGCUGGUGAGAAGAGGGUGCCAGUGAUGCCCGGAUCGCCCGUGGAAGUGAAGAUACAGUCCAGGUCCUCUCCUCCCAACAUGCCGCCGCUGCCCCCCGUGAACCCUGGUGGCCCCCGGCCAGUGUCCUUCACCCCGACUGCACUGCCCAAUGGAAUAAACCAUUCCCCUCCGACGCUGAACGGGGCACCAUCCCCCCCCCAGAGGUUUAGCAACGGUCCUUCCUCCUCCUCCUCCUCCUCGCUGACAAACCAGCAGCUCCCUGCCACGUGUGGUGCCCGGCAGCUCAGCAAGCUGAAGCGGUUCCUCACCACCCUGCAGCAGUUUGGAAACGACAUUUCGCCGGAGAUCGGGGAGAAGGUCCGGACCCUUGUCCUGGCAUUAGUGAACUCAACGGUGACAAUCGAGGAAUUUCACUGCAAGCUGCAAGAGGCAACAAACUUCCCCCUUCGGCCAUUUGUGAUCCCCUUUCUGAAGGCCAACCUCCCGCUGCUGCAGAGGGAGCUGCUGCACUGCGCCCGGGCUGCCAAGCAGACGCCCUCCCAGUACCUGGCGCAGCACGAGCACAUCCUGCUGAACACCAACACCACAUCCCCCGCUGACUCCUCCGAGCUGCUGAUUGAGGUGAACGGGAAUGGGAAGAGGCACAGUCCAGACAGAAGGGAAGACAGCAGCUUUGAGAGGGAGCCGCUGCCAACAGAGCCUCCAGCCAAGAGGGUGUGCACCAUCAGCCCUGCGCCCCGGCACAGCCCUGCCCUGACCAUCCCCCUGAUGAACCCCGGGGGGCAGUUCCACCCCACGCCGCCACCCCUCCAGCACUACACCUUGGAAGAUAUUGCCACGUCCCACCUCUACAGGGACCCCAGCAAGAUGUUGGAGCACAGAGAGAUUCGGGACAGACAUAGUGGUCUUGGUUUGAAUGGGGGAUACCAGGACGAGCUGGUGGACCACCGCUUAACGGAGAGGGAGUGGGCUGACGAGUGGAAGCAUCUUGAUCAUGCACUGAACUGCAUCAUGGAGAUGGUGGAGAAGACGCGGCGCUCGAUGGCCGUGCUGCGGCGCUGUCAGGAGGCCGAUCGGGAAGAGCUCAACUACUGGAAGAGGCGAUGCAGCGAGACGGCCGAGCCGCGCAAGGCGGGCAGCGAGCUCAUCUCCCGGCAGCACAGCCCCAGCAGCUCCGACUCCAUCGGCAGCGAUUCAUUGCGGGAGUUCAGCAGCAGGUCGGGAACGGGCUACGUCACCGAAGAGAUAUGGAAAAAAGCUGAAGAAGCCGUGAACGAGGUGAAGCGCCAGGCGAUGUCGGAGGUGCAGAAAGCAGUGGCAGAGGCCGAGCAGAAGGCGUUUGAGAUGAUUGCCUCUGAGAGGGCUCGGAUGGAGCAGACUAUAGCGGACGCCAAGCGCCAGGCCACUGAGGAUGCUUUCUUGGUGAUAAACGAACAGGAGGAGUCUACAGAGAGUUGCUGGAACUGUGGUCGCAAAGCCAGCGAGACAUGCAGCGGCUGCAACAUUGCCCGGUACUGCGGCUCCUUCUGCCAGCACAAGGACUGGGAGAGGCACCACCGAAUCUGCGGGCAGGGCCUGCACGGCCAGAGCAAGCCGCUGGCUCUGCCCACGGGCCGGUCGGCAGCUGCUACCGUCAAGAGCCUCGACGGCGUGCCCAGCCCAGCCCUCGAGAAGACUUCGGCGACCACCUCCCGGUCCUCCACCCCAGCAUCCGUGACAGCAAUAGAUACGAACGGACUCUAAAGGGGAAGUUUUGGUUCACUCCAUUUGAUCAGUUUCUCUGGUUUUUUUUUAAGCUGAAAAGAAAAAACCCUGCAGCAACUUGUAUUACUUGACACAUUUGACACAUUGCGUCACCUCCUCGGAGUGCCGACACUCAGGCUUUGCCAUCUCAUUCUGCCUUUUUCUCUCGUGGCUCGUGGAGAACUCAGGUGAGCCCUGCCCUCCGUGCCUGUCUCUGCUGCAGGGGGGUACCAGAGCAUCAUUCAGGACCUGGAGGACACUGGGCCACUUGCUCAGGGGGACCUGCACUCGGCGGAGAGGGCUGCCAGCACACGCAGGAGAUGCUCAGCGUGUGGUGCCCGACCAGGGAGCCCUGUCUGCAGGCGUCAAACGUGCUCAAGCUCAUUUCUUGAGGUGUCUGAGCCGCCGCCUCCUUCAGCCACCUUUCUUCUAUAACAUGCAUCAGUUUUUUUUCCCUUGCUCCCAGACAGCGGUGUCCCAGAUGGCCGUGCUGGCCGGCUGUUGCUGUGAACAGACCAGAGCUGAUCUCCCAGCAGGAGCAUCGUGUCCUCUACUGCAACGGCAGAAGCUGAGCCCACUGCUCUCCUCCUGCCUGCAGGUUGGCAGCUGAUGAUUGCAGGGACAGAGAGGAUUUGUCUGCUCUAAACCAAAUGUCAGAACCAGGGAGGUACAGACAGUCGCUUCUGGAUGGCCUGGUUUUAAUCCUGUUUUGUGAUGGGACAGACAGUUGCGUGUUACCUUGGGUGGGACCUUUGCUGAGGGGAAGUGUUCAGAGCAAGUCUGGAUGGGUUGUGGGCAGUUACUGCCCUUUCCACCCGGGUAGUGUUGUUUUUCUAUGCAGGAAGUGUUGAGUUUGGGUUUUUUUCACUGCAUGGAAAUUGUUGGUUUGAGAGUUACUGCCAUUGUUUUUAACCACAGAGAUCCUCACGAUUGCGAUGGGUUAUUUAUGGUCUGUUCUCUCAACAUGCGUUGGCCAAACUAUUAAAAUGAAUGGAGGACUUGCAGUCCUACAUCGGUUCUUACCCCCAGCCCCAGGGAGCUCCUGCGGUGCUGCUCCAAGGCCAGCUGUGCUCCUCCCUGCAGGGAUGCACAGGGAUGCGCAGCCACCGCUGCCUCAUCCAGCCUUCAGAGACUGUCCCGAGAAUGCAGGCUUGGAGAGUGAGGUCCCACAGGGAUGCCGUGGUCAGCCUGGGAAGAGCCAUCGCUUGGGGAGUCCCUGCUGGGGCGUGGAAGGAGGGAUCCAGGGCAGUGCAAACCCUGUGUCAGGGCACAGCAGGCUCAUCUCGGAUGCUUCACGGAGGUCAUCAGAGGCGCAGCCCAUGGGAGCGAUGGGCAUGUGCCAUCCGAGAGCUGCCCCGAUUUCCCACGCUGCACGCAAAUGGGCUCUAGAAAAACAUCCAUUCAGCAAAGCCGUGUUUCCAUGACUGUUUUUGUGUGAUUGCUGGGCUGGAGCCCAAUGAGGCGAGUAAUUCCCAAAUUAUUUUUGAUCACUUUUUCAAUUGGAGGUGAAUAAUGAAGAUAUAAUGAAUCAUCAUUGAGUUUGCAGUGGUGCUGCUGGCUGCCUGGGGAUAAACCGGCAACCCCCUGAAGCACCGCCGUCCCCGAGGGAAAGCUGGAAGCGGCUGUCGCGGGCUAGGGCCGGCGAUUCCCGAGUCUGCAAGGUUUUAUUAUGCAAAAAAGCCACGAAGUUGGCUGGUGUUCAAGAUGGCUCUCGAGUGGCAGUUGGGAGCAUCUCCCCUGUGUCCCCCAGGAGCCGGGGCUGCCGGCUGCAGCAGAGCCCUUUGCCACGGACGCGGCUCCUGGGUGCUGUGCCGCUGGGAUUAGGGCAGCCCUGAAUGGGGGUGGCACUCGAGCCACCCUGACCCGCAGCAGCCACAGGAUGGUGUCCCCCAGCCUGGAGGUGUUUACCCCAGGAGAGACGGGGGGAGGCCGAGUCCCGAUCUGCGGCAGCCCCGGGCUGCCCUGCCUGCUGCGCCCGUCGCCGAGCUCCUGGGAAGCUCCGGCUCUGUCCCUGCCGCUUCGGCAAAGCUUAACAAGGUUUGUGGUGCCCACGCUGGCAGCAUGGAGGAGGACACCCCACUCCUGUCCUGCCGCACGGGGACAGCACGAAUCCGGAGCAGCCUCAGGUAAAUAACGGCUGGUUGUGAUGCUGCAUCUGACCUAACACUGUGGGUCAGCGGCGGCCGGCGGCCACGAGGGCUGGUGCAGAGUGAAGAGCAAGGCAGGGCUGGAAGAAAUUGCUUGUAAAUAGAUUGUCUUCCAUAAUUCUCAUGCAACUUUGAUGGCAGUGUAUUAAAAUUAACCCCUGUGUAAAUGAAUUAAAUACUAACAGUCAUGAUUAGAAUGAUUGCUUUUUUUUUUUCUCACAUGGAAUGAUAAAUAUGAAAUUUGGACAUGGGAAGACAUUAGGUUGAGGUUUCUAUUUUUUUUGACAUUUAAUUCUGUAAUAGAAAUUUGUUACUUCAUUCCUGUGCAUAACUUAUUUAAUGUACUGUAUAAAGGAACCCAAACUGAUACAGAUGUAUUUAGUUUGUUCUACUCAAAAGUAGUCAAUAAAAAGACUAUAUUCAUCAUA